AUGAACUUUGACAAAGAUUCCUAUCACUAUUCUCCUACUUCUUUUCCUGUUAAGAAGAAAGCCAGGACAAAAUCAACAUCCAAACUCCCUAGAACACUGACUUCAUCCAUCACCUGGGAGGAGACUCCAUCCAAGCAUCCAGUCAAGCAUGAGUAUCCCUUCAGGAUCUCUCUACCUACCCAAAAUGCCAAAUUGUCUUCAAGUAUGCCUAUUAUGAGGCAAUGUAUUCUACCUGAGCUCCUCCCUCAAUCUACCCAUCAAGAUCACUUUCCAUCAGUUUGGUGCAAAGAGGUGCUGAGGUACAUUGUAGAAGGUGACCCUGAGAUCCAGUAUUUGGAGUUCCCUGAGAUCUGUCCAGAGGAAUACAAAGUGAUAUUGAAGUUAAUUGAGGAGAUUGACUUCCAACACCACCCCAAACCAAGGUCAGAGUACUUGGUGAUUUCUGAAGAGCAGGCUGAGCAACAUUACCUUCAUGCUAGGUUAACCUAUCUACUGCACAAUUCCUUACUCACUGUUGAAAUGCCCUCCACCAUUCAUGAAGGUUCUUUUGACUACAUGUGUUAUGGACUAGGAUAG